AGAAAACGGCAGCAGCAGCGACAAAAGGAACAGGAAACAUCGUUCUCCAUCAUCUCAGCUGAUUCACCUUAUCCCCCAAUUAUCUUAUCUUAUUCGGGAUGACAAAUCAGUUUUGGAAAAUUGUGAUUGUGAUGACUUUGAUAACGACCAUGUUUCUUGGAGAGACUCACAGCGAAGAAGAAAAAAUAGUGGGACUUGAAGAAUUCCUGACCGAACUCGAUCCGACUUUAAGUGACAUCGUUCUUGAAUUAUUGGAAGCACAACAGUUACCAACAAACAAAGCCAAUCGAAUGAUGAGACGGAUUAUGAGAAAACUACCACCUGAAACAUUAGCCGAGCUUUUUGAAGUGUACAAGAACACCCGCAAACCUUAAGUUUUCUUGUUUCUCCUUAUACCACUCGCCUACUUGUUUAGUUCAGUUACGUUGAAUUUAUAUUUAAUGUUCAAUAUAUGUAUAAUUUUCC